CUAGUUCAGGGUCUAGGGCGGCGCGUCACUUCCGGUAGCGCGGAGCUUGUAAAACACCCUGGAGAGAAAAUGGCGGCGGCAGCGGCUGCGUCGCCCCAGCAGCUCUCGGACGAGGAGCUUUUCUCCCAGCUGCGCCGCUACGGCCUGUGUCCGGGCCCCGUGACGGAGAGCACCCGGCCGGUCUACCUCAAGAAGCUGAAGAAGCUUCGGGAGGAGGAGCAGCAGCAGCAGCAGCAGCAGCAGCAGCAGCGCGCGGGGGGCCGCGGCAGCAAGACGCGGAACAGCAAUAACAAUAACACGGCGGCCGCGGCCCCGGCGGCGGGGCUCGGGCUCGGGCUCGGGCUCCGGCCG